CAAAAACUUCACUUUUGGCUGUCUUGGUCUUUGCUCACAUUCACCACUCAUCUCUUUCUCCUUCCCGAUUCCGCACAUCCCUCUCAAGCUCUCUCACUACCACUACCAUGUCCACUACCUGCGACAUCGACCCUAACCUUGUCGAAAAAAUCGAAGCCUUCCGCUUCGCCAAGAGAUCGCAAGGGAACGCAGCCCUCAUCUGCAAGAUUGACAAGAACAAGCUGCUUAUCGAAGAGGAUGAGGAGCAGGACUCUUUAACCAUCGAGGACCUUGCAGACUUGCUGCCGGAGAGCACUCCACGCUACGUCGUGCUGAGUUUUGAGUUAAAGCAUGACGACGGCCGUCUUUCAUAUCCCCUGGUCUUCUUGUACUACUCGCCCGCUGGAGUGAAACCAGAGCUGAACAUGCUCUAUGCUAGCGCAAAGACUCACUUUCAGAACAAGGUCGGCCUUGGAAAGGUGUUCGAUGUCCAGGAUGCAGAGACGCUGAGCGAAGACUGGUUGCGCUCAAAGUUACUCAAAUGAUUCUUUUCAAUAAAGCACAAUGUCGAAUGAUUGUGGCAUGAAGACGACUU